AUGCAGUUUAAGGAUAUUGCAGUUAAAGUGGCGAAUGUUGAGCUUUAUUAUAAAGCUGUUCAUUUUUUCUUGCAAGAGCAACCAGAUCUUAUCAACGAUUUUCUUAAUGUACUUGCUCUUCGCGUUGACCAUACCUGUGUCGUCGACAUCAUGCGAAAGGCAGGGUACCUUCCACUUGUGAAACUGUAUAUGGUUUCAAUUCAGAGCAACAAUGUGUGGAGGAGGAAGACUAUGAAAGGCUGGGAGUCUAUUGACUUACACGAUAACUUUGACGAGAUUGGCCUUGCACAGAAGGUGAGUUUGAUUGCAUAA